UUUAUAUUUGGAGGCAGGAUCAGACUUGUGUAAAUCAUUGAGCAGCCUCUUUUUGCACAGUUCCUUCUGUGUAUUAUAGUGUUGCAGUCUCCAGUUUCUUCUUCUGUUUGGCAGUUCAGGGUAAUGAGGAUAAAAUGCACGUAAUAACCAGAAGCUGUGUCCUAUUUUUCUGGAUGCACACGCUGACCUUCGUCAAAAGUCAAGAACCUCUCCCAGAUUGUACACUUCAAGAUUUUUUAAAUGGGCCCUUGUUUGAUUCCAAUUUCGACACAACUGGUCUGGAGGCCAGUUACGUCGGCGGGAGACAAAUAAGCGUGAGCUGCAGUACUGGUUACAGUAGUUUUUUCCAACUGCUCUGUAUCGAGGGUAAAUGGCAGUCGAGAGGCACGAAAUGUAAACCCCAACAGUGCCCAGUGAUCCAUGUGAGCAACAACGUGCAGGUGAUCGGGGACCCGGAGGAAGCAAACGUUGGCAACGUUGUUCGAUUCAGCUGCAAGUCCAGCUCGGAGAUCCUGAGUGGGUCACAAGAGAUCUACUGUAAUGAAAACGGAGAGUGGAGCGGAGAAGCUCCGACAUGUAAAGCGAUAAAUUGUCCGGUACCUGUGAUUGAAAAUGGCAGAGUGCGUGGAGACAUCCAAGAGUACAAGGAAGAUGACUUAUUGCAUUUCCAGUGCAAUCCUGGAUUCCAGCCCACUGAAGACAGACCCUCAAAAUGCACAAAACUCGGGUUAAGAGCCGAGUGGAGCCCCACUCCUGCAUGUGAACCAAACGCAGCGAUAACAUGCCACCUGCAACUGCCGUCACUCCAUGGAACCGAGUAUCACCCUUCUGACAAAAACGUGUUUUCACCUGGGGACAGAGUCACAGUGACAUGUGGACAGAGACACUGGAUUUCUGACCCCCUGCGAACAUCAGCAGUGGUCUCAUGCCAAAAUGAUGGACAGUGGUCUCUCAGACCCAUAUGCCAAGAGGUUACAUGCAGCAAUCGACGAGAUCCGCUCGUGGAUAGGUGGUACGACAACUGGAGACAACAGAAUAAAUUGGGGGAUGAGGUUGGAUAUCGGUGCACAACAGGCUACAAGAGAACGGGUGGUGCCACCAGGGCCACGUGCACCAGAGCGGGCUGGACACCAGAUCCAUUGUGUGAAGCUGUUCCAGACCAGUGAUCCUGAUUUUCAACGUCGUUCAAAGUGAAAAGAAUAAUUCAUUAAAAUCUGUUGUUUGAUCAGAUUAAGGAGAAAGAAAACCACGUUUUGUUUUUCAUACCAACGUCAUGAGAUCCUGCUACAUGCAACCGCUGGAGUGUCCAUGUGUCCCACUGGGAAUGUGCCAUAAUGUGAUCUGAUGUCGUGAAGCUUGUGUUGAAUAAAAGAGGUGAAUUUUAAGAUUUAA